CUCUGAGGAAGAACAAUCAAAACCUGGAGUUCUAUUGAAGAAACAGAAUAUUGCUUCUAAACAAGAUCUUGCACCUGCAAAGCCCGAGGUCAAAUCCAUACGUGAUAAAGCACCUGAGUUUGUACUUAGGCCUCGUAAUGCAACUGGAAGUGAAACUAAAUCUGCAAAGUUCACAUGCACCAUUGAAGGCAAACCCACUCCUAGUGUAAUUUGGAAAUUUGAAGACAGAAUAUUAAAGGAUGCUGGUAGAUUUGAGAUAUAUGAUGAAGAUGGUGUUUAUUACUUGGAGAUAUUUGAAUUGCAGGCAACUGAUUCUGGAAUGUAUACGUGCAUACUUAGUAAUGCAGUUGGGAAAGCAAUUGCAAAGGCAUCACUCACUGUCAUUG